CCGGUCCCCGAGAGACGGGCUUAGAGAAAACAGGCAGGAGGAUCCAAGAGAGCGAACGGCUAACAGCAAAAUUUAGCGGAAUCUACGUCUCCUGAACCCAAAGAACUGAACAUUGUUCAAAGAAACUACGUCGAAACCUUAUGUUUACGCCUCGGUUCUCCAAUUAAGCCAUGUCAACCCCAGCAAGACGGCGUUUGAUGAGGGAUUUUAAACGUCUCCAAGAGGAUCCUCCAGCCGGAGUUAGCGGAGCCCCAUCGGAAAACAACAUCAUGGUCUGGAACGCUGUCAUUUUUGGGCCUGAAGGAACACCUUUUGAAGAUGGAACUUUCAAACUCACAAUAGAAUUUACAGAAGAAUAUCCCAACAAACCUCCUACAGUUCGGUUUGUCUCCAAAAUGUUUCACCCUAAUGUUUAUGCAGAUGGUAGUAUAUGUUUGGACAUUCUUCAGAAUCGCUGGAGUCCAACAUAUGACGUUUCCUCAAUUUUAACGUCAAUACAGUCUUUACUGGAUGAGCCGAACCCAAACAGCCCUGCCAACAGCCAGGCAGCUCAGCUGUAUCAGGAAAACAAGAGAGAGUAUGAGAAACGUGUGUCGGCCAUUGUGGAACAGAGCUGGCGUGACUGUUGACCCACCUUACAGUUCACAUAUGAACAAUAGUCCGCCUCAGCCAACGAGAGGAAAACCACCUUGCAAAGAAUAAAAUAAAACACAUGUUUUGAAUCAUUCUCCACUUACUCGGUAGAAUUGUCUGUUCUGUAGCUGUUGCAAGAUUAGAGUGCUGUUGUGUUGUGGUCUCCCUCUUCAUGCAGAACCUUAUCCUGGAAGAGGAUAAACCCUAAUUUAACAAAAGAUUGUGGCCGGGGUUACUUUUAUUUGGCCUGCCCUCGUUUCUUAUUACUUUGGUUGUAUAAUUUGCUCCUACACUGAUUUUGUUUUGGAUAUAUUAACAUGUUGGCUGCUGUUUUCAGUAUGAAUUCAAGUUUGAAGACUGAUUUUGUUGCAUCUCUGCAGGUGUCACAAGGAAACAAACAUUGAAGCAGGUUGGUAAAUUGUCUCGUAUGGAAAGCUUACAUGUUUCAGAAACAUGCUUUUACACUUGGAAGACCUGAUCUUUUAAAACCGAUGUGAGAUUUGUAAUGCAUCAAAUGUUGGGAAUGGUCCUUUUUUAUGAAGUGUAAGUGAUUUAUGUUCUUUUAAUGCAGCAGUCUGUAGUGGCGUUUAAGGUGUUGCCUAUUGACUGUGUGCUGAGUUGUUAGCAGUAAUUGACUUAAAGUACACAAUGAUCUGUGUGUCUCACAAAAGCCAGUGCAGAGCAUUACAAAUUGGCACUAUUGUGGUUUUUUUUUUUUCCCUUCUGUAUUCACUAAUUUGUGUCUGCUGCACCCAAGAUGCAUGGUUUUCUUGCUCGUUUUCUUAAGUUCCAUUAAAGUGCCGUUUGAUUUCUGACUUUGAAUCGCUUCUCCAACCAUUCUGGAUGUGAUGCUGUCAUGCAGAGUCCAUUUUAGCUAAUUCAAAUUGUCAUUUUUCUAAUUUAACAAGAGUGUCGGACUUGCACUAGUAUCCCAUGUAAGAAACUGUAAAUUUUCUCACUUCUUGUAAAUAAACAGUAAAAUAAC